AUGCAUCCCAUUGCGUCAGAGCUUUUAGGCAAGACCAAUGAUGGAGGAAGCCGGUGGAACCCUGCUGUGCUCUUCCUCCUGUGUUUUGGCUUCCUUCCCUCCGUGGCCACUUGCCCAUCCCACUGCCUUUGUGCCAGUGAUAUCAUUUCCUGCUGUGGCAGCAAUCUGUCCACGCUGCCCUUUGAUCUACCGAGCUAUGCCACACGGCUGGACCUGAGCCACAACGCCCUCACCGCCCUGCAUGUAGACUGGAUUUCCCAACCGUUUGACCGACUCGCUACUCUGGUCCUCAGCAAGAACUCCAUCAGCCGAAUCGAUGUGAAUGCCUUCAACGUGACGCCACAUCUCCUCCACCUGGACCUUUCAUCCAACCAGCUGACAGUGCUGAACUCGUCCGUCUUCGCUGGGUUAAGGGAGCUGAAAGAGCUGCUGCUGUUUGACAACCAGAUCGUCCAGAUCAACCCGGGGACCUUCAGCGACCUUCACAGCUUGCAGAAGCUCUAUCUCUCCACGAACAGACUGACUGCCUUCCCCCUGGGACUUUACGAGGAACCCGGAGGGCCUCGUAACCUGACGUUUCUCGACCUGUCAAACAACAGGCUCUCCGAGGUGCCCAUCCAGAGCCUGCUGCUUCUCACUCGCCACGGAGGGAUUUAUCUGCAGGGAAACCCACUGGUCUGCGACUGUGCACUGCUCGCCCUGCUGGAGUACUGGCUGUGGAAGCAGUAUCGUCCUCUGGUGGAUUUCAGAACUGAAUACGCAUGCAGAGAAGGUGCACGACCAGAACUGAAUUGUAAGCAGCAAGGGGUGGCGGACAUGCCCCUGGAGGUACAGAAAUACCAAGUAGAGCCUGGAAAAUGGCUGAGAGUGCCAUGCCCAGGGUUAAAUCUGCCUAUUCAGGAGGGGCUGGUGGUGUUCUGGGUCACUCCUCAGAUCGCACUGAAUUCAUCAGCCAGUGAUCUGAGUGGCCACUUAACAGUUCUUCCCAAUGGCACUCUUGAAAUCCAAGGAGCACUGCUAGAAGAUUCUGGUACAUACGGGUGUGUGGUAGCCCGUGGGCACCACUUUAACCCCAGUGAACCUCUGGAGGUCAGUGUGGUGGUUGGAAACCAAAGCACAACCUCCUCCAGUGAAUUGGCACAUAGCAGCGGCGGGGAACAUUUCAACACUGCGUUCACCACGCUUGCUUCCUGUGUCGUGAGCAUCAUACUGGUGAUGCUUUACCUCUACCUCACCCCCUGUCGCUGUCGGGACAGCAGGGGUGGCUCAAGAGGAUGCGGCGGAAGAGCCAUGACCCUCUGCUCGGACCCCAGGGACGUGGAAUCAGGACAGCGGCGGUCAAAUGGAAAGAGGGUGGCUUUCUUAGAGCCUCAGGCCGAGGACUCCAGUAUUGAUGGCCCAAAAACACCAGCAGUGAACUUGGAUCAUGUUAACCCUGAGGGAAUUCUUAAGAAUGGAAGUAGGACAGUGGAACAGACCCUCACAGACGUUGCUCACAUGGCGUAG